GCUUCCACUUCCAUUUCUUGGGCUGUCCGACGUGGCACUGUCCAGAGGGGACCUCUGUUCGAAGGCAGGCUGACAGCAUUCCUCUGUCCGGGGUCCGAGGCUCGGAGCUGCGAAAGCUGGAGCCGGGGGGUGGUGGCGGUGUUUGAGGGGGGCGUGUCUUCGGGAGCGGAAAUGUCAGCCCUGUGCCUCUGGGUCCUUCCACCGGUUGGUCGCGGCUGCUGGGUGAGAGCGAGGAGGGAGUCUGGGAGCAAAGGUCCGUACCCCUGGACACCUGGCCUUGGAUCCAGCCUGGCCAUGGCGCUGUGCCUGAAGCAGGUGUUCGCCAAGGACAAGACAUUCCGUCCUCGCAAGCGCUUUGAGCCCGGCACACAGCGCUUUGAGCUGUAUAAGAAGGCUCAGGCAUCACUCAAGUCGGGCCUGGACCUGCGCAGUGUGGUGAGGCUGCCACCUGGUGAAAACAUCGACGACUGGAUCGCCGUGCACGUGGUGGACUUCUUCAAUCGCAUCAACCUCAUCUAUGGCACCAUGGCUGAACGCUGCAGCGAGACCAGCUGUCCAGUCAUGGCAGGAGGGCCCCGCUAUGAGUACCGCUGGCAGGAUGAGCGCCAGUACCGGCGACCUGCCAAGCUCUCUGCACCACGCUAUAUGGCCUUGCUCAUGGACUGGAUUGAGGGCCUCAUCAAUGAUGAGGAUGUCUUUCCCACACGUGUUGAGAUGGGCAGCAGUGAACCCCUUCCCAUCGAAGAAAGUGACAAGAGGAAAAAGAAGAAACGGAAGGCCCGGGCCACUGACUCCUUACCAGGAAAGUUUGAAGAUAUGUACAAGCUGACCUCUGAAUUGCUUGGAGAGGGAGCCUAUGCCAAAGUUCAAGGUGCUGUGAGCCUGCAGAAUGGCAAAGAGUAUGCUGUCAAAAUCAUUGAAAAACAAGCAGGGCACAGUCGGAGUAGGGUAUUUCGAGAAGUGGAGACGCUGUAUCAGUGUCAAGGAAACAAGAACAUUUUGGAGCUGAUUGAGUUCUUUGAAGAUGACACAAGGUUUUACUUGGUCUUUGAGAAAUUACAAGGAGGCUCCAUCUUGGCCCAUAUCCAGAAGCGGAAGCACUUUAAUGAGCGAGAAGCCAGCCGAGUGGUGCAGGAUGUUGCCGCUGCUCUUGACUUCCUGCACACCAAAGGCAUUGCUCACCGCGAUCUGAAGCCAGAAAAUAUAUUGUGUGAAUCUCCAGAAAAGGUGUCUCCAGUGAAAAUCUGUGACUUUGACUUGGGCAGCGGGGUGAAACUGAACAACUCCUGCACCCCCAUAACCACACCAGAGUUGACUACUCCAUGCGGCUCUGCAGAAUACAUGGCCCCAGAGGUGGUGGAGGUCUUCACAGAUGAGGCCACUUUUUAUGACAAGCGCUGUGACCUGUGGAGCUUGGGUGUGGUCCUCUACAUCAUGCUGAGUGGCUACCCGCCCUUUGUAGGUCACUGUGGGGCCGACUGUGGCUGGGACCGGGGAGAGGUCUGCAGGGUGUGCCAGAACAAGCUGUUUGAGAGCAUCCAGGAAGGCAAGUAUGAGUUUCCUGACAAAGACUGGGCGCACAUUUCCAAUGAAGCCAAAGACCUCAUCUCCAAGCUUCUGGUUCGAGAUGCAAAGCAGAGACUGAGUGCUGCCCAAGUUCUGCAACACCCAUGGGUGCAGGGGCAAGCUCCAGAAAGGGGACUCCCCACGCCGCAAGUCCUCCAGAGAAAUAGCAGCACAAUGGACCUGACACUCUUUGCAGCUGAGGCCAUUGCCCUUAACCGCCAGCUGUCUCAGCAUGAGGAGAAUGAACUGGUAAAGGAGUCAGAGGCACUGGCCAAGGGCCUCUGCUCUGUGAAGCUUUCCCCUCCCUCCAAGUCACGCCUGGCACGCCGGAGAGCGCUGGCCCAGGCAGGCCGCAGUGGAGAUGCAGGAACGGGCCCAACACCCACAGCACUCUGACCCCCUCCAGUCACAUCUUCCAGGCCAUAGGCCUGUCCAGGCAUUUCUCCCCCCACUUCCCACCCCCUGAGAAACCUGUGAGGCCGAAGUCUGCAGAGCAGGCAGAGGGGUUUUAUAGCUCCAUCCAGGAAGGCCCUAAGGUCUCCACCCACAUCCCCCCAUUUCUCCAGAGUCCUCAAGGAAAAAGCUUUUUCCAAAGGGGUUGUCUUUGAGAAGGAAAGCAAUCACUUGUCACUUUGCAUAAUCAUCUGCAGCAGGGACAUCUCUGCUGGGCUUUAGCCCACCUGCUCACCCUUCUGCCUAUCCAGGAUCCUUCCCGCUCUCACUGGCAGGCAGCAAUGGCGACUGGGGCUCUAGCCUUCAGGGAGCCAGCCUUGAGAAGCAUCCGAUGACAGAGGCUCUUUCAUCUCUCUGUACCUUCACCUGCCUCUGGCAGUCCUUCCACCUUCCUCUGUCCUCUGGAUGUCCUCCCCCACCUUGGCUGAGCAAAGCAGUCCCCUCAAUUCAGGGGAGGGCAAGAAGCCUUCCACAUUCAGGAAGCCAGAUCAGUCUUCCAGUCUGCAGCACAGAGAAGCAAGCACAUAAUCUUUCUUUGCUGUGACCGAAAUGUAUCCCUCAUUUAUCAUCCUCUGCCUUGUUGGGGAUUGCUGCUAAAAUCAGUAUUAUUUUGUUUUUUAAAAUAUUUGUUUUUUUAACCAUGCUCUCCCAGCAAAGAUGGGACUUUAAAUUCCCAUUGCCAACAAAGGCUUUUCAGAGUAUGUCAGGCUCACUCUUGUUUCCUGAAUCCAUGCAUUUGAAAGGUUUUAAUCAGCUGUUUCUUAUUACUCUAACUGGUUUUAAGCUGUAACCAUGAGACUGCUGGCCUGAUGGGGCAGGCAGCUCCAGUCAGGGCAGUUAGGAGUCACGUGCCUGAUGUGGAGCCACAUCGCAGCAGCGGGGCCCCUCCGGUCUGAGCACUGCCUGCUGCUGGAGACAAUGAAGGCACGUCCAGGCCGGAUAGGCUGAGUUACCUGAAGAAAACCCAUUUGUAUAAGUCAGACAUUUAUACAACACAAGGAUGGUAUUAUACAUCAUGCUUAUUUUAAUAAAGCUGUUUUAAAUUCUA